UUUGCGACUUAUAGUACAAAUAGAAAUUAAGUAAUAUGUUGUUCAAAUUAGUAUUAGACUCCAUAUGACCGAAGACGAAACCAAACGCGGUUUGUUUUGCUUGCAUAGUUUAACAAUGGAUCGUAUCAAGAAACUUCGUAGAAGCGUUACUUAAUUCAUAGACUGAAAUAAACCUCAACAACCAGCUGGCUCGCGGUUCUGUUUAAAAAUGAGUCGUAUUUUGUUCGUAUGUUCGCAUCAGUGUUUUGUUGUUUUCUUGGUGUUUGCAGUUUUAUUUCAUUAUUCGAAUCAGUUUAUAUUUUUAAGAACCAUAGAAGCAGUUGGAUUUCCAUACUAUAAGUUGUUAAUGAGUCUAGGCGAUUGUAAGGAAAAUGCUUUGUAUUUUGAAAGAAAAGUGUGGUCACCACUUCGUUUGAAUAGGGUUUUCGAUAUUUACUACAAGAGCGAUAAUCCUGAUGUCACAGUGUCGCGAGUCGAAGUAAGGGUGAUAUGCAAUGAUACAGGAAUACAAGCUUUUUCAAAGAAUGGCGUCGGUUCUCAAGAAUUUUCGGCAACAUUAUUUUUACCAACAAAUCUGGCAACGACUUUUUCAACAUUAACUAUAUUUACUUGUAGCAAGAAAAAAAUUGAAAAUAGUACAAAAAUUAAAGAAUUUAAUUUGUUGCCAUUUUAUAUGAAGCCUAUGUCAACAGAUGAUGAAUCAGAUUCAGACGAAAGAUCAGAUCCACAGAGUAAAAAAUAAAAGUUCUUACAUGCAUACCAAAAGUAUUAAGUAUUUAUUUCAAAAUAAUACGUUGGCAUGUAAAGCAAAAACCUAGGAUUAUGUUCUAGCACUUACUAUUCCAAUCCGGCCUGCUGCCCAAGCGAACCGGUGUCGAAACGAAAAAUAAAUGCAUCGUUAUCACUGGCGAUACUUUCAAGUUUCCUCAAAUAUAACUAUAUUUGAGGAAACUUCCGUUCGUUAUUACUUUUCUAUACCCUGUAGUUAUUGUGUUAAAUUACUUAAAAACAUUAUAUUAUUUAGUCUACUAAGGUUUCAGCCUUGAAUGUUCUAUUUUCUUAAAUCGCGGAGCUUAGUUCCAGACUUUGAAGAUAAGUAUCCCUCAAGGAAAUCACGAGAGUUGAUAACGAAAUUAAAUUAACACAUUUAGUGCCACCGAAUUGACGGGAGUUUACUUUAAUAUGUGAAAAUUACAGUAGGUGUGGAACGUUUUACGU